AUGUCACAAUUACCAAAUUCUUCACCAUUACUAUUAGCAACACCAAUACCCGGCUCUGCUGCAAGACGUGGACAUGGACAUAGAAGAUCGGCAGCGAUCUCAGGGGAUUUCGAUGCUAUGGGUCUUGGGCUCUUUUCGCCUCCCGGAGCCACAACUGGAACCGGCAAUACUCCAUCGAAGAAGCUGUCACUUCCCGAUUUUGAUAUUGACAAACAUUUCAAUUUUAAUAAUGAUGAGGACUUUACAGAUGGAAACAAAAAUGUGGAUUUUUCAUUUCCAAACGCAUCAACUACUCCAAGAACUUCAGCCAGUGCAAAUUUCCUCCAUUCGGCGUCCGUACCUUCUCCAAGGAGCUCCGCUGUUUUUACCUCACCUCCUAAAAGAUUACUGCAUCAUCACUCCUUCAAUAGUUUGAACUCGCCAAUACGCCUCGGAAGAAAAGCACAAUCCUUCCAUAUGCCUCCGAAGACGAGAUUUUUCUUAACUGAAGAAACGCAAUUGAACAACGAAAGUGGAGUGCCAGACCCCGUAAUUGAUCUUGACGAAGUAUUAAGCGCAAACUUACAUAUUGGAGAUCAGGGUGGUUCGAACAAUAGUAGCAACACAUAUUUACCCCAGCCACAACCUGUCACUUCACAUACCCAUGGCCGUAGCCAAAGCUACGGCCACACCUCUUCAAAGGAUAAUACCUUUGCAUCACCAAUGGUAGUGGCUCCUUUUGAAAUGUACCCAGAUGAAAACGAUUGUGCGCUGUUGUCCUCUCCUUGUUUCAAACUGUACCCAAGUCCCUUCAUCUCAUCUCCUUUAUCCACGAGUAACAAUCCUUUAUUUCAACAGCCGAUUCAAGAGAUGGAUCAAUUUACAGAUGAAUUAGAAGAAGUGAUGGAAAUUGAGCUACCAAAGGAAGAAGAGGGAGAAGCUUGUAGGUUAACUAACUCAGCUUCAGUCUCUGACUUAGAACAGGACAUUUUUCCAAACCCUCAAUCUGCAUUAGUUGGGCUUUAUUCAAACGACUCUGCAAAUUCUUCUUGUUCGUCGUUAAGAAGUAGCAAUACUACUAGAAAUGUAUCUAACCCGUUAAUCGAGAAGACUUUUUCAAACGAUUCAACAAACAAUUAUUCGAAUCUGAAUAUUAAUACUCCACCGUCUUCUCAUUCAAAUCAUCAUGGGAAGAGAUCAGGAGCAAAGGCGACUCGAUACCAAUCAUUUUACGAUCAAUCUUAUAAGAUUUCAAAUGCUUUGAAAAUUUCAUCUACAGAAAGCGUUAACAUUGUUCGUACUACGAGUAAUGACAGUGGUGGAAGCGGCGUUUUCCCUAAGGAGAUAAAGAUAUUAGGACAUUCGUCAAGUUUGCCAAGUUUAAAGACAGUUCUGAAUAAAAGAAGUAAUCAAAAAUUAAGAUUCAAUGAAGUUCGAGUUACUAGUGGCGGAUUUUCCGGUAACGGCGUUACAGCAGCUAAUGUUUCUGUUCGUAAACUAUCCCCACCUGUUCAAGUUAAUACAAAGGAAUCGACCAAUAGCAUUCAUGCAACCCCUAAGACAAUGACUGGAAGCUCGACAAUCCUGGUAGUACUUCCUCCAAUGAACUCGGGCUCCAAGAAUGUUUCAAAUUCGCCAAUCAGCAUUAAUUCAGAGGUUUCAUCGACAAUCAUUUCAUCGAAUGCUACAAUUCAAUCCACGGAGCACUCUUCACUUCAUGAACAACAAACGAAUUCAUUUGCAUCUAAGGACUCGGAACAACAUACUAUAACAGAAGUUAUUCCUACGCCACUAAUUGUAGUAAGCAACGAAGACGAUAUGAGAAAGAAGCCUUCUCCGAUCUCGAUUCCUGAUAAAACGAAUGGCAUAGACUCAAAUCUGACGAAGAGUAUUAUUGUUCUAACUGAUAAUACAUCGCCAAAUAAGAAGACGAAUCCUACUUCUGCAAUUUCACCUAUAUCUGCAUCAUUCCCAUUGAAUUCUAAUAACUCAGUUUCGAACUCAAAGGAGGCCAGUAAGGCUUCCUCGCCAUCAAGUGAUGUUUCCUCAAGACGACCAUUAUCCCCUCAAGAGAAAUCUUUUCUCAAACAAACGCAAAUUCCUUCAUUUAGAUCACCUACUAAAUCUAAGAAGGAUACGUCGUCUUCUUCUUCGACUUCUAUUGCUUCCACUUCUACUAAUCAACAAGUUGGUACUACAGUUAAAUCAUCGAGGUCGUCUCUGUUUUCACUGUUGCAGAACAGGUCAAUUCCACCACUUCAACAACCUGCAUUAUCUAAUAAUCGCCUGCAAAAUUUAAAUCACACAUUUGCUCACAGAAAGUCGCACUCAGUGACAUUAUCAACGGGUCAAGAAAAUGAGAAUGAUGACUUAAGAAGUUUGAGGCUGAAUACAGGUAAAAGAAACAGUAGAUUUAUCAAUUGGUUAAAGAGGAAAUAUUAG